AUGACGCCCAGCUGGCGCAGCGCCGCCUGGAACCGGGCGCCCGGCGGCCAGCCCACCCUGGACCGCUCCCCGGACCUGCACGGCGGCGAGGGCACGGCGCGAGGUAGCGAGGACGCGCAGCUGGACCGCGACUGGUACGACCAGGACGACGCCGGGGGCACGGUGGACGAGACGCACAACCCCUUCCUGGGCGACGCGGAGGUCGACCCGGCGCUGCGCCGGCGCGCGGAGGCGGCGCAGCGCCGGCUCACGCGCCGCGACGGCUCGCUCAUGACGCUGGCCCAGAGCAAGCGCGCGGGGGAGCUGCAGAAGGACAUGAACGCCUGGGAGGAGAACCGGCUGGUGCAGAGCGGGGUGGUGCGCCUGCGAGAGGUGGCCACCGAGUUCGACGACGCCGCCGACCUGCGUACCGUGCUGCUGGUGCACGACACCCGGCCGCCGUUCCUGGACGGGCGCUUCCUGUUCACGCGCCAGCGCGGGCCGGUGCUGCCGCUGAAGGACCCGACCUCCGACCUGGCGGUGAUCGCGCGCGCCGGGUCGCGCCUGGUCAAGGAGGUGCGCGAGAAGAAGGAGGCGGGGAAGAGCCGGGCCCGGUUCUGGGAGGUGGCCGGCUCCAAGAUGGGCAGCAUCACGGGGCUGACGGGCGGCGAGCGCGAGGAGAAGGCGCGCCAGGAGGAGCUCAUGCGCCUGGAGCAGGGCAGCGACGACGAGGGUGACUACCGCGGCAAGAGCCAGUUCCGGACGCACAUGAAGACCAACGAGGCGGCGUCCGAGUUCGCGCGGACCAAGACCCUGGCCCAGCAGCGCCGCUUUCUCCCCGUCUACAGCGUGCGGGAGGAGAUGCUGCAGGUCAUCCGCGAGAACCAGGUCGUGGUCGUGGUGGGCGAGACGGGGAGUGGGAAGACCACGCAGAUGACCCAGUACCUGGCCGAGGACGGGUACACCACCUUUGGCUUGGUGGGGUGCACCCAGCCGCGCCGCGUGGCGGCCAUGUCGGUGGCCAAGCGCGUGAGCGAGGAGAUGGGGGUGGAGCUGGGGGCCGAGGUGGGGUACUCCAUCCGCUUCGAGGACGUGACCUCCGCGGACACGGUGAUCAAGUACAUGACGGACGGCGUGCUUCUGCGUGAGACCCUGGUGGAGCCCGAUCUUGACAGGUACUCUGCCAUAAUUAUGGAUGAGGCCCAUGAGCGAUCCCUGAACACUGACGUCCUCUUUGGCAUUCUGAAGAAGGUUGUGGCUCGCCGCCGUGACUUCCGCCUAAUCGUCACCUCGGCCACCCUUGACUCCCAGAAGUUCUCCGACUUCUUCGGCUCCGUCCCCAUCUUCAAGAUCCCCGGGCGGACCUUCCCCGUCGAUGUCCUCUUCUCCAAGACGCCCCAGGAGGAUUAUGUGGAAGCUGCCGUGAAGCAGGCCAUUGCCGUGCACCUUGGCCAUCCUCCGGGGGACAUCCUCAUCUUCAUGACGGGGCAGGAGGAGAUCGAGGCCACCUGCUUCUCCAUCGCGGAGCGGCUCGAACAGCUGGGGGAGGGUGUGCCGGAUGCCCUCAUACUGCCCAUCUACUCCCAGCUGCCCUCGGACCUGCAGGCCAAGAUCUUCGAGCGCGCGCCUGAGGGCACCCGCAAGAUAGUGGUGUCCACCAACAUUGCGGAGACAAGUCUGACCGUGGAUGGCAUCAUCUAUGUCAUAGACACCGGGUAUGCUAAGAUGAAAGUGUACAACCCCAAGAUGGGUAUGGAUGCCCUCACGGUCUUCCCCGAGUCCCAGGCGGCGGCCAAUCAGAGGUCUGGGCGUGCGGGACGGACCGGGCCGGGCACCUGCUGGCGCCUGUUCACAGAGAGCGCCUUUCGCCACGAGAUGCUGCUAGCCACCGUGCCCGAGAUCCAGCGCACCAACCUCUCAAACACCGUGCUCCUGCUCAAGUCCCUGAACAUCGACAACCUGUUGGAGUUUGACUUCAUGGACCCGCCCCCCCAGGCUAGUGGCAGGCGGGCGGGUGAAAACAUCAUGCACAGCAUGUACCAGCUGUGGGUGCUGGGUGCCCUUGACAACACCGGCGGCUUGACGGCCCUGGGGCGCAAGAUGGGCGAGUUCCCGCUGGACCCGCCUCUGGCCAAGAUGCUGUUGGCGGGCGCGCAGAUGGGGUGCAGCAACGAGGUGCUCACCGUCGUCUCCAUGCUCUCCGUACCCUCCGUCUUUUUCCGCCCGCCAGACAGGGCGGAGGAGAGCGACGCCGCGCGUGAAAAGUUCUUCGUUCCAGAGUCGGACCACCUCACCCUCCUGCACGUCUACCAGCAGUGGAAGAGCAACGGCUACCGCGGCGACUGGUGCUCGGCCCACUUCCUGCAGUCCAAGGGCCUGAAGAAGGCCAAGGAAGUCAGGACACAGCUGCUUGACAUCAUGCAGCAGCAGCGCAUCCCCAUCACCAGCUGCGGCAACGACUGGGACGUCGUGCGCAAGGCCAUAUGCUCCUCCUACUUCCACCAAGCCGCCAAGCUCAAGGGCAUCGGGGAGUACGUCAACUGCCGGACCGGCAUGCCGUGCUUUCUGCACCCGACGUCGGCGCUGUAUGGACUGGGGUACACCCCAGACUACAUCACCUACCACGAACUGGUGUUCACCAGCAAGGAGUACAUGCAGUGGCUGGCGGAGAUGGGCCCCAUGUUCUUCUCCGUCAAGGAGACGCACUCCUCACGCCUGGAGCAGCGUCAGAAGGAGCGGACGGCCAGGGCUGUGAUGGAGGGGGAGCUGGAGAAGUCGCAGGCGGAGGCCAGGGUGCUGCAGGCUGCCCAGGCUGAGCGGGAAGCGGCCAUCCGGGAGAAGCAACGGAAGUCCAUCGCCACGCCCGGGUCCGCACGACCUGGCACAGGACAACGCAAGUUUGGGCUGUAA